GGUUAACUUCAUGGACAUAUUUUUUUUUUUAUCUUUCACAAAUGAACAUUCGACAUCGUUGUAAUUAAUUCGGAAAUAUAAAAUUUCGUUUAAAAAAAUAUCAAAACGUUGAUUUUCGGUGAUGAAAUUGAUAGGGGUGAUGGCAACCUUUAUUUCAUGUCAGGGAGCAAUAUUAUUCUACAGUGAAAGCUUGUAAUAAAAUCAGUAUGAGUAUAUCAUUACGAGAAUAACUAGUGUCCAUGCUUUUGUUUACGUGUAGAUCCGCAAACACAACAAUCGAAUGGAAGAGUGUGUGUGAAAUUAUUGUUUAUUAAACACAUGCAGCAUAUGUGAUAAUAUAAACAGGCGAAAGUAAUAAAAUUCGUGCAGCAUCUGAAUUGUCACCGGUCAUCAGAAGAAUCGUCAGUUCGUGCAAGAUCGCAGGGAAAUUGUAGAACGCAGGCUGAUUGGGGGAAUCUUUUCAGACUGGCUGCAAGAACUUUUCAUCGAUUCAGUUCCAUAUGAAACAUGAAAGUAGAUGAAAUCUACAAAUCAAUUGAGAGAGAUCUAAUUUAAAAAUGUAAAGGACGGAAUGGAAAGAAGUUUGAUGUUGAAAUAAAUAAAAAAAUGGAGGACACAAUAAAUGAUACAACGUCAGCACUGCAACCAAUGCCUUAGGGAGCAGUAGAAAAUAUCACAAUAAUGACCUAAAUGAUGAUAUAUUGAUAUAGAAUCUCAAAUUAUAGUCAGAAAUAUGGCGCAAAGUACACAGAGUUCAAAAUAUCCACUGCAUAAAUGUGUAUUCCACGGUGAUAUCAAAACACUCAUUGCCAUCCUAAAGAAUCACGAUAUUAGUGAAAAAGAUAAACACGGAAAUACACCGUUACAUCUUGCUGUAAUGUUGGGGAGGAAAGGAUGUAUUGAACUGUUGCUGGCGCAUGGAGCACCUGUAAAGGUGAAAAAUCUUGCAGGCUGGAGCCCAUUGGCCGAAGCUAUAAGUUACGGUCACAGGCCAACUAUUUUAUUAUUAGUGAAAAAAUUGAAACAACAAGCAAGAGAACAAAUGGAAGAAAGGAGACCAAAUUUAGUAUCUGCGUUACGUCAAAUGGGCGAUUUUUAUAUGGAACUCAAAUGGGAUUUCCAGAGUUGGGUUCCUCUCGUAUCUAGAAUCCUUCCAUCGGACAUAUGUAAAAUCCAUAAAAGCGGUGCGUCCAUAAGGAUGGAUACAACACUCGUCGAUUUUAACGAUAUGCGAUGGGAAAGAGGUGACAUAUCUUUCAUUUUCAAUGGAGACCAAAAGCCUAGUAAAUCGCUUACCGUUCUUGAUAAUAAGGCCAAACUCUUUCAAAGGGUUCGAUACGAAGAGACUGAACUGGAGAUUGAAGAUGAAGUCGAUAUUCUUAUGUCCAGUGAUAUCAUGGCAGCUCAAAUGUCAACUAAGGGUAUAACAUUUUCUCGAGCCCAAAGUGGGUGGAUCUUUAGAGAAGAUAAGAAGGAAAUGGUUGGACCCUUCAACGCUGAUUUUUACCAAAUAAACGGGAUGGUAUUGGAAAGCAGAAAACGGCGGGAACAUUUGAGCGAAGAAGAUCUGCAAAAAAAUAAAGCAAUUAUGGAGUCAUUAACUAAAGGAAAUUCGCAAGGAUUCGCUAAUGGCGAGCCUCCGAUGAGGAGAGUUUCCUUAAAUCCUCCCCCUGAUGCUCACAUAUCAUGGGAAGAAUAUUUGGAAGCUCCGGCAGGAGAAAGUCCGCUCUUAGGUCGAAAUCUUGUAUACAAGGAAAGUAGUAAAUCUGUCAAAGCGACAGUGGCGAUGAGUAUGGAUUUCCCAUUGACUGUGGACAUGCUUCUAAAUGUUUUGGAAGUGACCGCACCGUUCAAACACUUCAGUAAACUUCGACAGUUCGUUCUCAUGAAACUACCGCCAGGAUUCCCCGUCAAGAUCGACAUUCCCAUUUUGCCUACGGUCACCGCCAAAAUAACCUUUCAAGAAUUUGCAUUUAGAAAUGACAUAAAUUCGGAACUCUUUCAAGUGCCCUUGGAUUACUUUGAAGAUCCAAUGAGGUUUCCAGACUUAUGACGCUUCGACACCCAAAAAAAAGCGGAGAAGAGUACUCGGAGAAUUUGGGGACUGAUAUGGAUAUUCGUGGUCUGGCUGGUACUGCUGAAAUGCUCGUUCGAGGUUUUCAAAGAAAGUAUAAAUUCCAAGCACUGUGUCAAAUCAAUUGAGCAAUAUGAGUGACGGAAGAGAAAAAAUGGUCGGCACGAGUGACGUAAAAUGGACCUGUAUUAAUGGAGUGAUAUGGACGUGAGUGAUGAUCACGCUGAUGAAAAACAAAUUCGUCCGUUUCGAUGUGCUAAAUAAAUUAUUAGCAGAUACCAAAUCGAAAGAUCUCCAAUGCUUGUUGAAAAACAAAAUGAAACAAAAUCGAAGAGUAAAACGCAUACAAUAAACAUUGAAAAAUCUAUUGCUCGAAGGUCUACCGAGAAAAAUGUUGCAAUGCAAUUUUUUUGAAAGGUAACCGAAGAAACAUUGAAGAUCUCAAAAUCGCCACGAUCGAUCUAAGAUUGAAUUCCUUGAAAGUGAGAUAAGCUAAAAAAAAACAAGUAGUAUUAUUCUGGCGCAGUUUAGAUGGAAAAUCACACAAAUCGUAUUUCAAUGACUUCAUUAUAAAUAAUUAUUUCCUCCUUAUUUCGUCGUAUUUGCUACAAGUAUAGAUAGAAAAUAGAUAUUCAUUUGCUACAAAUGCUGGGAUUUAGAUUUAUUAUGUUAUUUCUUAUUGGAGUGCGAAUCGAUAAUUUAAACAUAAAUUAUUUUAUUUCUUCAUCGUGUAUAAAUGCUCCAAGGACCUGUUUCAUAUUCAUGGAUACAUCAAACAUUUUAAUCACUGCACAAUCAGUAUUUGUUCUACUCUGAAUAAAAAACUAUUAAAGAUGAAGGAAAAAGUAAAAUAAAAAAGCAUUCACACGUG